ACGCGUCCCCUCUGCCUCUAUAUGGUGUGACGAGGAGGACGCCUACAGUUUCGGGGGAGGGAACAGAUGAGGUCGACCUCCGGCUCAAUAGUCGUGCUGCUUCUUCUGUUUCUGCUCUCCGUAGUCGGCUCCGCCGUGAGCGGUGUCGUGCGCCGGCAUGACCUCGCGGGAGUGCAGCCGCUGUCGCGCGUCGCCAUCCACAAGGCGCAGCUCGCGCUGGAAGACAAGGCCUACGUUAAGGCCUCGCCGCUUCUCCUCGGCAUCAAGGGUGAAGACACUGAAUGGGUAACAGUGGAGAUUGGAAGCCCCAAACCAACAGCAGAUGAUUGGAUUGGAGUAUUCUCUCCGGCCAAAUUUAAUGCUUCAACGUGUGCUUCUGAGAACGACAAGGACGAGGUUCCAUUGAUAUGCUCGGCGCCAAUAAAGUAUCAAUUUGCAAAUUACUCAAAUCCAGACUAUGGUAGAACCGGGAAGGGAUUCCUGAGGUUUCAGUUGAUAAAUCAGCGGGCUGACUUCUCCUUUGCAUUGUUCAGUGGAGGUCUUGACAAUCCAAGGUUGAUUGCUGUAUCGAAUGCAAUUUCUUUUGCAAAUCCAAAGGCUCCUGUUUAUCCGAGGCUUGCACAGGGGAAGUCAUGGAAUGAGAUGACUAUUACAUGGACAAGUGGGUAUGACAUAAAUGAAGCACUUCCUUUUGUAGAAUGGGGAUCAAAAUGGGGACCUGCAACACGGUCCCCAGCUGGGACACUAACUUUCAAUCGUGGAAGCAUGUGCGGUUCACCAGCUCGCACAUUUGGGUGGAGAGAUCCUGGAUUUAUCCACACAAGUUACUUGAAGGAAUUAUGGCCAAAUGCAGAGUACACUUACAAGCUUGGUCAUCAGUUAUUCAAUGGAUCCUACAUUUGGAGCAAGUCCCAUUCAUUCCAUGCAUCUCCUUAUCCAGGACAAAAUUCCUUGCAACAAGUCAUCAUUUUUGGUGACAUGGGAAAGGCAGAGCGUGAUGGGUCCAAUGAAUACAACAACUACCAGCCUGGUUCAUUGAAUACCACAGAUAUGAUCGUUAAGGACUUGGACAACAUUGAUAUUGUCUUCCAUAUAGGGGAUAUUUCCUAUGCUAAUGGAUAUAUAUCACAGUGGGAUCAAUUUACAGCACAAGUGGAGCCAAUUACUUCAAGAGUUCCCUACAUGCUUGCGAGUGGAAAUCAUGAACGAGAUUGGCCAAACACUGGAUCAUUUUACGGGACGACGGACUCUGGAGGGGAAUGUGGGGUACUAGCAGAAACCAUGUUCUAUAUACCUGCUGAGAACAGUGCUAAAUAUUGGUACUCUACCGACUUUGGUAUGUUUCAUUUCUGCAUAGCAGACACUGAGCAUGACUGGAGAGAAGGUUCUGAACAGUACAAGUUUAUUGAACAUUGCCUGGCAUCAGCCGACAGGAAAAAACAACCAUGGUUGAUAUUUGCUGCCCAUCGUGUUCUUGGUUAUUCAUCUGGCAUGUCAUAUGCAGCUGAGGGAUCAUUUGAAGAGCCCAUGGGAAGGGAGAGCCUUCAAAAGCUCUGGCAAAAGUAUAGGGUGGAUAUAGCCUUGUUUGGUCAUGUUCAUAACUAUGAGAGAACCUGCCCAAUUUAUCAGAACCAAUGUGUUAACAAUGAAAAGCUUCAUUACUCGGGCACGAUGAAUGGGACAAUCCAUGUUGUGGUUGGUGGUGGCGGCAGCCAUCUGUCGAACUUCUCAGGCACUGUGCCAAAAUGGAGCAUUUUCAGAGACUUGGCUUUUGGUUUUGUUAAACUCACUGCUUUCAACCAUUCUUCUCUGCUUUUCGAAUACAAGAGGAGUAGUGAUGGGAAAGUAUAUGACUCGUUUACCAUAUCGAGGGAUUACAGGGAUGUGUUGGCAUGUGUUCAUGAUAGUUGCCCCCCAACAACAUUGGCUACUUAGUCAACAAUCCUAAGAAGACCAAUCUUAAGUGUUUCCCUCUUGAGAUUAAGCAUACAAUUCAGUGUGAACUAAGAUGAAUCUUCUUCAGGGUCUUUGUUCAUUAUGUUAAAUAAAAAAGGAUGAGGUAGUUUGAUCCC